UUAAGAUAUUUGCCUUUUACAGGGCAUCUGGGAAGUCGUGUAAACAUUUUCAACGCAUGACCGCUGAAUAUUUUUGUUUUUUUUUUUUGGAGUGCGACGUGGCAAUCGAUGCCGCGUGGAUCGCCGAAUCACCGGAUCGAUGGAUCGUUCAUCAGCAUGCGUCGCAGGCGGCGUUGGCUUGUUGGUUGCUGAUCAAUCAACGCCUUUAAAAGUGACUGCGACUACGACGGCGACUGCGACUGCGACUGCAGUUUCUUAUUACGAAUACUGCAGGGCAAAAAAUGCACGCACCACCGCAGCCGCCGACGACGACGACGACGACGACUACGACGUCCAGUUCCAAGUCGACGUCGAAGACGCGCCGUGUAGGCGAGCCCAAAAAUCAGCUACCAGCCUGAGCUGGCAGCGGCAGCGGCAGCGAAUGGGGCACUUGGACUGCGGCUUCAAGCUGCCAGGCAACACAUCCAACACAUAAUAAUCAGCGGGUGGACAGCAACAGGAUUGGCAUGCGCUUGAAAUUAAUUACCCCUCACCCUCAGGCAUUUGGCUGUUGUUGCUAAUUAAGUUGUUUGCAUUUUGAGUUAUUGAACUGCGACGUUCAUGACGGACCGAGUUCUGAUUUUGGGCAGCAUUACGUGUAGCAAUGCGGCCCAGAACGGAAAUGCAUGCGUUGAGCUUUGGGAUUUAAUAAUCGAAGGAAUAAUCUAAAUUUAAGACAGCUCCUCCAGCUUCAGGAAAUACUAUCUAACGAAACUGUUCGCUGGAUUGGCACAUUCCAAGUGCCAGUGCUUGGCUCUUCCUUUUCUUGGCUCUUCCUAUUCUUGACAAGUUUGCACUGCAACAAUUCAUUUAAUUAAACUAAAAUAAUAUUUUAAAGAUAUUUAAAGGCUUU